AUGGCUGCCUCCACCCUGUCCAUCUGCUCCAGCGACCUGAGCUACGGCAGCCGGGUCUGCCUGCCCAGGUCCUGGGUCUCCUGCACAGGCCCCUCCUGGCAGGGGGACGACUGCCCCAAGAGCUGCUGUGAGCCCCCCUGCUGCACCCCCAGCUGCUGCCAGUCCAGCUGCUGCACCCCGGCCCCCUGCCUGACCCUUGUCUGCACCCCAAGCUGCGGGUGCAGCCCCUGCCAGUCAGGCUGCACCAGCUCGUGCACACCCUCCUGCUGCCAGCUGUCUAGCUGGCAGCCCUCCUGCUGCACCUCCUCCCCAUGCCAGCAGGCCUGCUGUGUGCCUGUCUGCUGCAAGCCCGUCUGCUGCGAGCCCCCCUGCUGCAUGCCCAGCUGCUGCACCCCCACACCCUCCUGCUGCCAGCUGUCUAGCUGCCAGCCCUCCUGCUGCACCUCCUCCCCGUGCCAGCAGGCCUGCUGCGUGCCCGUCUGCUGUAAGCCCAUCUGCUAUAAGCCCAUGUGCUGUGUGCCCGUCUGCUCUGGGGCUGCCCCCUGCCCAGCUCCCCUGUGCUGCCAGCCCACCCCCUACCCCCCGUCCUGCUGCAGACCCUCCUCCUGCAUGUCCCUGCUCUGCUGCCCCACGUACACCCGCCCUGCCUGCUGCUGA